GAAGUUGAAAUAUUGCUGGUGAGGAGCGAGAUCUCGUCGACUUUUGGGCUGAAAGCCGCGACUUGAACGCUGAAGGCGAGCCCAGUUGCGAGGCGAGUCGAUAUGCCUGGAAGGUGUUCGUAAAAUUGUCUCGAACGACGAGGGCUUCCUUCUAGGCCUCGCCUGCGCGGAGCUCGCCGAGAAUCUCCGGCUGGUGGCCAAACAGCAGGCUUCAGGACGCGAGGAGGCAACAUCGGCAACAAAGAGCUUGUGCUUCCAUGAAGUAGCAGCAUCUGAAGAUGAGACCCUCUCCUCGGCGGCGGUCCGCUUGGCUUGAGUCGACGGUGCAGCGUCAUGAAUGCUCCAGCACCGACAGUGAGCCUCGGUGGCGGGAGUGGAGAUCGCUGCUGCUCAUGCCAGGAGACGGAAGCAUGGUAGAAGUUGAGGUUGAACUCGCCGGAUAUCCAUGGCGGCGGCAACUUCAGAAAAAAACUGAGAGAAGCAGCAGCAGUUCAUGGUAACUCCAACAAGAGGUGGUGGAUGGGCUGUGCGCUGGAGACGCUGUGCGGGCAGGCGGUGGGCGGCGGGCGAUACGAGAUGCUGGGAAUCUAUAUGAGGAGAUCAUGCAUCAUAACUCUCGUCACCGCCUUGUUCCUCACGCCUCUCUACAUCUUCACGUCGCCGAUCUUGAAGCUCCUCCGCCAGAAACACGAAAUCGCCGACCUCGCCGGAAAAUACGCGCAGUGGGUCAUCCCUCAGCUCUUCGCCUACGCCGUCAAUUUUCCGGUGCAGAAGUUUCUGCAGGCGCAGAGCAAGAUAUGGGUCAUGACCGUAAUCUCCGUCGCCGUUUUGGGAUUCCACGUCGUUUUGAACUGGAUUCUGAUCACCAAGCUCGACAAGGGCCUCGCCGGCGCCGCCGUAGCCGAGAACGUGUCGUGGUGGCUCGUCGUUCUGGCGCAGGUUAUUUAUGUCGUCGCCGGUUUCUUCCCGGAAUCGUGGACCGGGUUUUCGAUGUCGGCGUUUAAAUCGCUUCUUGGUUUUGUGAAGCUGUCGCUUGCGUCGGCUGUCAUGCUGUGCCUGGAAUUGUGGUAUUACACCAUUGUCAUCCUCAUGGUUGGGUGGUUGAAGAAUCCAGAGAUCGCCGUCGAUGCUAUAUCUAUUUGGUUACAUUCUCUUGUAAACACAAAUUUUUUGUAUUUCAAUGUGCGCAGUUCUUGCUGAUUUUCGGACCAGCGGCGGCGGUAUUUUUAGGGAGAUGGAGAGAUGGCUUCUCGCCGGAUUUCAGAGACUGAGAGGACGGCAGCGGGAGUGGCUCCUUCGGUGGGGCUGAGUUGGAUGGCGGCGGCAAAUUUGGGAGAAGAUUGACGGCCGACGGCGAUUUCGAGCAUACACUCUUAAUAGAUGCCGGAGCAGGAAUCUUGCAAGGCGACGGUGGAAGCAGUGACCCGCCGGAUUUGCGGGAAGAAGCCGAGGGCAGUUGGUGGAAGGCAGCGGCGGCGGUGCCAACAACCGGGACGCGGCUUCGCCGGAUUAGAGGCGGCGCAGAUCGAAGAAGAAAGGAGCAACUGGAUUUUUGUGUUCCUGUGCUUCUAUUUCAGCGUGAGAGAGAAGCCGAGAGGCUUGUGGGCUUUUCUUAAAUGAUUAUGUUGGGCUUUUUUAAGUUAAUAUUGGCCCAAAAUUAUUAAUAAACGGAAUACUUCUCUGAUG